AUGCUUUGUUAUUAUUUCUCUGCUUAAAAGAUUCAAUCACUGAGUAUUUGUUUAUAAUAGUAAUUCUAAUUGAAAGUAUAUGGUUUUGUAUUAAAUAUUCCUUUAGAUUUCAAGAUAUUUUUGAAUCUUAACUUGCUGGAUUUAAUAGAGUUAAGAUAAGAGAUAGAUAUAAAAAUAAAAUUUACAGCGACAAGGAAAUUAAUUCUAAAAGAAUACUGCCAUUUGCAUUUGUUUGUCAAAAUAUAAUUCUAAUUAUAAUUGACUUCUUGCUAAAUGAUAUCUACUUUUUAAAAAAACUCAGAUUCUUGA